CAUUUCGAGAUCGAACGUGUAUACAGCGAGUCCCUUCCAUUCGUGCAGCGCCUUCCGUCAGACUAACAAGUGUGCAGACCACUAGUAACACGGGCUGACUAAGUUCUCCUACACACUGAAAUUUGAACACUUUUUUUAAAUCUCUACUUUAACAGCAAGCAGUGUAUUUGUAAUCUAAAAUGGCCGACACACACGUUGAAACCAGCAGCGACUUGAACCAGGACUCGUUAGACGGUGCUCAGGCUUCCGUCAGCGAAGUUGGAUCAGCUGAAGAGUUUGAGAAGGAGAAUACUGAAGAUACGCCCUCUGGAUCCCACGGUGAAGCCGACGGUGAAGCAGUUGAUGGGACCAACGGAGAAGAGAGCCGUGAGGCCGAAGAUGCUGCUGUUCCCGCUGAUGCGGCCGCCGCGGCUGUUGUGACCGAAAACGGUGCAGUUGAAAGUGAACCCCACGUAAAUGGUAACGGAAAGUGCGAUGAGAAUGCUGAGGCAGACUCCACGGAAGUUGAUGGAUCCGCUGCCGAAAAGAGGAAAUCGAUUGUCGAAGGAGAAGCAUUGAGCAUUUCGCCCAAGAAGGCCCGCGUCGAAGGCACUGAUGAAGAUGUAAUUGGCACAGAGGAGGCUGCCCUUCCCACUAACGGAAACCACGAGACUGUCGCGUAAAUGAAACAAAAACAUCCGGCCCCCACUUUUCUCUCUAUCUAAGUAACCCCCAAACCUACUCCCCUGUUUUACCUUAUUUUUAUUUUGGUAAGCAAGUUUCUCUCUUUGCACACUGUCUCUAUGAUUACGGAUCAACGGCCAUCAUUUGUUGAUUCAAAUAUGUAUCUCAUCAUCUUCAUUUGACGUGGAUUUUUUUUUCAACAAACAAAAAGCGCGCGCGUUCACUCAUGUUGACUUAAACUGGAAGGGCAAAUAAAGAAUCAACUCAGGAAAUUGUUUCACAAUGUAUUUUGAAUCAACUUUUGAUGGUCUCCGUUUUACCUUUACACGAACGAAUAGGAAUCUAUUAUGAUAUUCGUUGUCGGUCUAGGAUAGAUUUUGGCAUUGUCGAUUGAUGCGAGCGUCAUCUUAAGUAAUCGGUUAAAAUGUUCAAACCCCAUAGCGCAAGUUUCUCACAUCGACAUAUCCAUGUUACGUUAUGUAUCCAGCUCACAUUAAAUCGUCUGAUGAACGACUUUCUAAACACGGACAUUUCUGCACUUCCGUUGCAAUGGAAUGCGCAAUUUGUCGUUGACAUAAAAGCGGUCCUUUUUUGUAUUUUUGAAGACAAACACUUAUUUAAAGAUUGGUCGUUAACGUAAGACUUACCAUCUACCGAUCAGUUUCCUAUGUUUGAUUCUAUCAUCUUUUGGCGAUGGCGAUUCCAUCUAUUUUCAUUAAACCUGGGUGUUGUGAUUUCUUCCUUAGCUCUUUCCGACAAAAAGUUGCAUCCAUUCAAAAGUUCAAAAAUUAGCGCGCGCUCUGCCGAAAAAGCUGCCCGCCACCUCUUCUAUGUGUCCCUCGAGCACUUACUGUCGUGUCCAUUUUCUAACUAUCAUUCAUUUUUUGGAAGUCGUCUCAUCGUUUGCGUUAACCUUUCGUCAACACCGACAAUAUAGAAAAGCUCGGUCAAGAAGUUUUUCUUUUUCCUGCCAAUACAGUUCUCUUCUUUCGAUUUUCCCCCUCUUUUUAUUCACCAUACAGUUCGGUAUCUUCAUACUUUUUAUGUUAUUUUUUCUAUUCGUUUUGGUACCAGUCGCCUUCGGGUUUCAAUAAACGGAAUUGUACACUAA